AUGUCGGACGAAGCAGAGAUCAUCGAUGUGAUUGUUGUUGGGGCAGGAAUAUCCGGUCUAUACGCUGCUUAUCGAUUGAAAGAAAAAGCACCACAUUUAAAUGUAUUAGUUCUUGAAGCUAAAGAUCGAGUUGGUGGUCGAACGUUAACGGUUGAUUUAAAGUCUUCUCAUGAAGAGAAUGUCACCGAUCGAUUUGAUUUGGGUGGUCAAUGGGUUACAGAUACACAGGACAAUGUGACUUCAUUACUUCAGGAGUUACAAUUGGAAACGUAUGCGCAAUACCAUACCGGUAAAAGUAUUGCCGAAUUACAUCGUCGUGUUCGCCAAUAUUCGUUAACUAUGCCAUUUGUUUCAUUACUUUCAUUUCUUGAAAGUAUCUAUAAUGUUUUUCGACUUGAAAACUUAGCAUCGAAUAUUCCAACAUGGAAUCCAAUGAAUGCACGAAAUUCAAACUAUCUUGAUCAACGUACAUUUGCCGAUUUAAUGAAACCAUGGAUUCAUAAUAGUAUGAAUCCAUUGAUGGUAGCAGCUGUCCGAACAGUGUUUGGAUGCGAACCAGAACAAUUGAAUGCUUUGUUUGGAUUAACGUAUGCUCAAGCUGGUGGAGGAUUUCUGAGGUUGACAUUAACUGAUCCUGGUUGUGCACAAGAAAAGAAGAUUAAAGGUGGAUCUCAACAAAUAUCCGAGAAGCUCAUGGAAAAAAUUGGAAAUGAUAAAGUUUUGCUGCAAACACCUGUUCAAAAGAUUGUACAAAAUGAUGAUGGUAUUGUUGAAAUUACUACUAUUGGUGAUCAAACUAAAUUUCAAUGUCGUAAAGUUAUUCUUGCUAUUCCGCCCUCGCAAAUCGUUCCGAUACAAUUUGAACCGAUGUUACCUGGUUACAAACGUGAAAUGCUUAAGCAUAUGCCUAUUGGUAGUUAUAUAAAGUUUAUUUUUAUCUUUGAUAAAGCAUUUUGGCGUGAUGAUGGUCUUAGUGGUGAAGUUGUCAGUGAUGGAAGUUUCGCACCACUUGGUCUUUCCAUUGGUCCAAUGACAUAUCUAAUUGACGGAACAACUUCAUAUGGCACACCUGCUCUGUUAGGAUUUAUCGGUGGUCGAUGCGCUGCUGUAUGGACAAGUGUGACACGUGAGGAACGUCGCAAGGGUUUACUAGAAUGUUUAUCGAGAUACUUUGGUGGUCAAAAAGUUUCUGCACAUCUAAUUGAAUAUGCAGAAAAAGAUUGGAAUUUAGAACCAUAUUCUGGCGGAUGUCCUUGUCAUAAUGCUACGACAGGUUCGAUGAAAGAUUUUGUCGAUGGUCUAAGGAAACCAUAUAAAAAUAUUCAUUUUGCUGGAACGGAAACUGCUGCACAAUGGAUGGGUUAUAUGGAUGGCGCAGUUGAUGCAGGACGACGUGCUGCAUCGGAAGUUUUAGUGGCACUUCGACCAGAAGAUCAACCACAAGACGAUACUAUUGAUCAGUAUACGUUUGAGAAUCAAAAUCGUAAAUAUCAACAUUAUCGCAUUCCACGUUCAACAUUCUAUUAUGCAAUUCCAAUAAUAAUUGUCUCUCUUACUGCAUUAUCAAAAGUUUUUUUUCCAAGAUAUUUUUCAUAA